AGGCGCACCCGCAGCGCGUAAAGGCCUCCACUCUCUCUUGAAGCGAGCACCGGGGAGGUGGAGGCCCCACAGCGACCGGGGCCCCAUGCCCCUUGGUGACCUUAUACAUACGGGGAAAGCUCGGCCGAGCGACCGCUGUCUAACAACUCCCUGGGAUGGCCCUGAUAAGGUGCUGCUUCGAGGCCGAGGCACCAGACUUCUUCGAGUCCGCCGUGAGCAAGUGCACCGACCCAGGAUGCUGCUGCUGGUGCUGUUCUGCUCUACGACCAAGGUACAAACGUCUGGUGGACAAUAUUUUUCCUGUAAAUCCUCAGGAUGGGUUAAUCAAAAAUAAUAUGGAAAAACUUAUGUUUUAUUCCCUAAGUAAGCCAGAAAAACUUGAUAGAAUCGGAGAGUACUUGUUUCAAACAGCUUCCAGAGAUAUUUCAAGGCGUCGAAAUGGAUUUGUUGUUAUUGCUAUGGAGGCUAUGGAUCAAUUACUGUCUGCUUGCCAUGCACAAAUUUUAAAUUUAUUUGUAGAAAGUUUUUUAAAAAUGGUUCAAAAGCUGCUGGAGUCUACAGAUCCUCAGUUACAGAUAUUAGCUACACAGUCAUUUGUUAGGUUUGCCAACAUCGAGGAGGACACGCCGUCUUAUCACACACGUUACGAUUUCUUUGUAUCAAAAUACUCUUCGAUGUGCCACUCCAACAACGACGAUGCCACAGUUCGAAAACAGAUUCGGCUUGCAGGAAUUCAAGGACUGCAGGGUGUUGUGAGAAAAACUGUAGCCGACGACCUCGUGGAAAAUAUUUGGAACAUGGUGCACAUGGAUAAAAUAGUACCGUCAUUGCUGUUUAACAUGCAAAGUGCCAAAUAUUCUAAUAAGGAUAGCACUACUCCAGAGAGUCCCACUGAGGAGAGAUCAGAUCCACCACAAUUCGCAGAAACUUGUAUGAGAGAAUUAGUAGGCAGAGCGUCAUUUGGUCACAUUAUAUGUGUAAUAAAACCCGUGCUCAAACAUUUGGAUAAUCAUAAUCUGUGGGUCCCAAAUUAUUUUGCAAUACACACGUUUAAAAUUAUAAUGUUUUCCAUUCAGUCACAGUAUUCAUACACAGUUGUCGCUGCUUUGAUAAAUCAUUUAGACGAGCACUCUCAAUCUUCCCCGAAAAUUCGCACGAGCAUAGCGGAUACGUUGUCAAAAAUUAUUUCCAUAGCUGCUGGUGAAAGCGUUGGGCCUUCUGUUCUGGAAACCAUCAAUUCCUUGCUGAUCCAGCUACGUCUUAAUGUAUCUAGAAAUCAGUCAUCCAGUAGUGACGAGCAAUCUUAUCAAGAAGCAUUAAUUAAUGCUCUCGGUGAAUUUGCUAAUCAUCUGCCAAACUACCAAAAAAUUGAAAUCAUGGAGUUCAUCAUGAGCAAAGUUCCAUAUGGCGAGCCCGAAUCUGUAUCAUCUGCUGGGAAAGGAGACGUAUUGCUUCAGAGUAUACUACUCAAAUCUCUGUUGAAAGUUGGUACAAAAUACCAGACCAAUCUGUUGAAUUCAACAUUCCCACCAAGUUUUCUUCAACCACUGUUGCGCAUGUCUCUAGCUUCAGAUGCUGAAAUGAGACUGUUGGUUCAGAAAAUUUUCCAUACUCUAAUAGACAAACAUAAAAAUAUAGCAAAAUUGGCUAAACCAACAGUAAACUUCAUAGAACUAGAUCUUGCAGUUGAAAAAUCAUCUAGGACGGAUAUUAUAUUUAUCAGAAAGCAUGGACCAGAAAUAUAUAUGGCAUUGUACGAGUCUUUGGAACAUCCAAACAAUAGGGUUGAUAAUGUUGAAUCUAUUUAUACAACACUGGCUUUGUUGACCGUUGAGAUUGGCUGCGAAGAAACUGUUCUUGAAUUAUUAAGGCUUGUUAUGAGUAUACAAGACCUUUCCCUUACGAGUUCUCAGAUUACUACUCCAAUCAAAUUCAAUUUACACGCAAUAGUUAUAAGUUUAAUGGUAUUAAUAGCCAACAUUUGUAACAUACCGACUCUGAUAGAUUAUGCUAAAAAGAUUGUACAAGCUCGACGUAAGGAGGCACCACACCUGUUGCCUGAUCUUCGUUCACAAUAUGAUGGACUACAAUCUCAUAAGAUUCCAACUUCUCUACUUAUAGAUCAAACUAUAGUCACUGAAUGCUUGAAGGGUGCAGGUUUGGAGGCUGGCAAAUUGCAGCAAGGAUCUGUUUACAACAGUUCUUUACAGCAUAGGCAUUCAUGGGUUGAUAGUGCUGGACGAAGCUCUCUGGGUGAUAUCAAUGGUGGAAAUAAUGAGUUGGAUAGUGCUGGAUCAUCUCCUGGUGUUCAAAGGAAAUUACCUGGAGAGGAACUAACAUUCGAUAGUAUGAAGAGAAUAUUAACAGAAAACGUAAACACGCAAGGAGUAGAAGAUGAAAAAAGAGCCCAAUUUUCCCAGUUGUUUAGGAGUGCUCCAUUUCAAGAUCUUGUUAAAAAAACGCAACCAAAGCACGACGUUCUGCAAAGCAAGUUAUCUGAGAUUUUCAGUGCUUUGAUGAUCGAACCAAGAUGUCCAUCAGUUCCUGUAGGAACUCCAUCAGACGCUAAACCAAGUCAAACGCCAGCUUAUGAAGUACAUUUUCCGGAAUUGUUUGUAUAUUAAUUUUUUAUUUUUUAAAUUUAAUACUAAAGCUAAAAAUUUAAGCUCUUGUUGAACAGUAGUAGCUUAUUAGAUAAAUUUUAUUUAUGGCUAUCAAUGGAAUUAUGGUGUCAAGUUUAACUGUAAAUACAGUACAUACUAACUGUGAUUUUUUAAAUGAAAUAUUUGUUGUUUCUUAAUAAUCGGUUUUUAAAACAAUGUGACA